UUGUGCUGGAAAUUUGAAUUUAUUGAUUUAAUGUGUUCAUAUUUAGGAACUAUUGAGUACUCCAUCAAAAACAACGAACAUGCCAUUAUCGUCAAAUACCACUCCUAUUAUUAUGGUUUUACAAACAGAAGAUAUCCCUGUGGAUAUUGAUGCAAUAAAGAAAGUUUCAAAAAUUGUUUCCAAAAGGAUGUAUUUGGAUCUGGAACCAAUGAAAUGCGCCAUCAAGUGUUAUGACCGAUGUCUUCAAAUCACAGAUCCAAGCUUUAAAAACAAGAUUGAUGUUUGGAAAGCUCUUACGUCUUUGGUAAAACAUGACUGUGCAGAUGUAGUCUUACAGGAAUUAGUGAAAGCAACAACCAGUCCAACAUCUGUAGAAGAGGAUUUGUGGUCAGACCUCAAUAAUUCCAGUCCUCAUCAGGGCUUGUCCCUGUAUUUUCUAAAUUGCCUUGUUGGCUGGUCAUGUGAUGGUGCUGUUGCUUCCAGUGAACUUCUUAAAAAGGUUCUUGAGAAAGCCAAAGAUGACAGCACUGCAAAAGAGACAUUUGUAAAUAUGGUAGUGUUGCUGGGAAGACAUAUAAAAUUGAUAGGAAGAUUGGAUGAAAUUGCUUUGCAAUGCAGCAGUCUCUUGAAAGGCAUUGAAAUCUUGAUAAACCAGCCCGUGAUGAUUGAUUUCUUGUCUGAAGAAUUCAUAAAAGAAGUCCAAGAAAGUUCCACACGGUUGGGAAGAUUCUACCACGAGAAAUCCUUGUUUUCAGCAUUCUUAUCCUUGACUACAUUAGAAGCUAAAGUGACGGGCAAAUCACAGGCAUCCAAGCCAUUUCUAAGUCUUCCAAACUUUCCACGUUCGUCUCCUGAUGACAUUAAACGUGUACAGAGCCAACUUCAAGAUGGAUUUCAUUCUUGUCAAUCGGUUGUUUACAGCAUUUUACGAAAGGUUUUGGCCAAAUAUCCGCAAAGUGCCCUGGCAUGGAUUGCUUCAGUGGUAGCUGAUAAUGACAUCCGAUCAAAAGCCCUUCUGAGUGAAAAUCCCGAUGAAUCCAUAGCCUGUGAUGGAUACAUGAUGAAUUUCUGUCAUGUUCUCCUUCGUCUUUGUGAGCCAUUUUUCGUGAAUAAAGGGGAAACAAAAAUCGCCAAUAUUGCCACUGGAUACUGCCUGUCUGACGCCUGCCGUUUGAAUCACAACAAUGAACGAACACUAAGUGGCUCCUGUAUUGAAAAUGAAGAAAUUGAAAGCUCAACAAAUUUUAUUCUGCCGGAUGGAUUAAAAGGAACGUUUAUUUUAAAAACUGAAAUGUUCCAUAUGACACAGCGGGCCCUUCAUAUUGGACUGGUUAACACAAUACAGCACCACAACAGGCUUUUUAGACAAUAUUUAGUMUUAAAAGAAAUGAAUGAAGGAAAAGAAGAAGAAUAUGUUCAAAAAGUUAUAUCGAUGUUUGUAUUUCAGUGGAGGACUGUAUUAGAAGACGAAGAGUUUAUGCGACUUUGCUGCGAGUUUUACCUUACUAGUGCCUUMUGGUUGUCAAAAGCACUAGAGAAUUGUGAGCGAUCACCUACUGGAGAGAAAUUAUGCGAUGACGAGGUGAAAAAGAAUCAAAAAGGCUUGUUAUCGGCRAUUCCUGAAUUCUACGUCAAAGACAUGUGUACUUGGUUUUAUUACGUGGCAGUGAACGGUCCACAUGUACUGCGUAAUCUCAAGAUAAUUCAUUUUGUGGACUGCUGUGCCAUGAUUAUGAGUAGCAAAGGUUUUGUACCGGGUCCAAUGGUGUCAAGCAAGAUUGUCACUGCAUUAUUAUCGUUUGCUGACAGCUGUAACAGAAAUAAAAACAAAGACUCUCUCCUUGAAACCGCAAGRUGGGGAAGUGGGGUCGAGGGAUGUCUAACUGCUGCGGUGGUAGUUUCGCCAAUCAUUCGAGAAAAGCUAGCAURAGCUCUAAUCCAGACAUACACGUCUGUCGAUGUUGUCGAAGGGCUGGAUGUCGAUAAAGAAGAGUUUGAUAAAUUUACCUCAAGAUCAGAAGUGAUAAAGCUUCUUCAAUUUUUGUGGAAGUAUCCAGAAAGUAGAGCUGUGCUGAAGAAAAAAUGCGAAAACAGCGAAGUAGAUGGAUUUCUAAGUUCAGUUCUCGACAGUUUACUUUACUUGUUGAAUGAUGGUUUGUCGCGUUUGGCRAACGUCAGCAAAUUGCAAAAGUCCAUCGAAGAUGAGUCAAAGUGGGAGGAGAUGGACUUGCAAGAACAAAAGCAAAAAACAACAUUUUUGAAAAACGAGGAACACGUGUCCAAGUCGUUCAUGCUGAUGGCAAAUACAACUUUAASUUUCUUGGCUUUGAUUACACAAGAGUCUGAAGUAGCUCGUUGCUUCUGUCGAAAACCUUUAUCCCASCGAGCAGCAUCAGCGAUKAUCGGGUUCCUUAACUCUUUGUGUGGACCGAGAAGGGUUGAUCUUAAAGUGAAAAACAUGGAAAGGUAUUCUUUCAAUCCACGUGACCUAUUAGGAAAGCUCUCCACAGUGUUCUCCUGUAUUGCUAGCUCAGAUCACAAGACAGUUGAACGUCAGUUUGGCCGUGAUAUGGCGACAGAUCCUGACUURAGCAAACCUAUCGUGGAACAAGCUGUGAGAACUCUCACGCGGCACGACCUUGUGUCCCCAGAAACCAUAGCAGAACUUGAAGUUUUUAUUAAUCGGUGUGAACUUCAUGAAGAAAUGGAACUUAGCGAAUCGUCACGUGAUCAGACGCCUCCAGAAAAAAACCCAUCCGAACAAGACGAUGAAGAAUUUGAAAGAUUGUACGUGGAGAAAUUUAACGAUGAGCGACACGGAACUUGUCAGUUGCUGGAGGUAACGGCGUUUCAGUCUUUUCGUUCGCAACCAGUCAAUCAAAGAUGCUCAAAGAUCCGGGCGUUGAUGCGUGAGAUAACACAGCUCAAAGACUGUCUUCCUAUACAUGCCAACUCGUCGAUAUUUGUAAGACAGGAUGAAGAACGAAUGGACUUUGCUCGUACACUGAUAACUGGUCCAGUAGAUACUCCAUACAGUCGKGGAUGUUUUGUUUUUGAUGUGUAUUUUCCAUCUAAUUAUCCUAAUGUACCACCGCUGGUCAAGCUGAUUACAACUGGUAACGGUACUGUCAGAUUUAAUCCAAACUUGUAUGCUGAUGGAAAGGUAUGURUAAGUUUACUUGGUACGUGGCAUGGUGGUGACUCAAGUGAAAAGUGGAAUCCCAAAACCUCUUCUUUGUAUCAGGUUCUUCUAUCGAUCCAAGGAAUGAUAUUAAUUCCUGAUCCUUGUUUUAACGAACCUGGCUAUGAAAGCAUUCGAGGCACAGAUGAUGGAAAUGAACUGUCACACAAAUACAACGCUACAAUUCGUCUCGCUACAAUCCGUCACGCCAUCUUAGCGCAAAUACGAUAUCCUCCUGCAGGUUUUGAAGAUGUUGUCCUUACUCAUUUUCGACUCCAAAAAGAAUACAUUUUAAGACAAGUCUACGAAUGGCUUCAGCAGUGUCGAGAACCAGACGAGGAACGGCGAAUGCUGAGGGAUAUCGAAGAGCUGAAAGUAGAGCUUCACAAAUUGUAAAGUAUGUUAUUACAAGGACAAAUCACGGUGAUUUUCCCUCGGAUGCAGAGCUGUGAAAGCAAUUCACCGACGCAGCGAUGCGUGUCUUAUCUCGCCAAAUACACAAAAACAGGAAAAAGAAAAUGGACGAUGAAGCGAUUACCUUUAUUUUCUUAAAUGGCCUGAACACCACCAAUGUAUGAUAUCGGCUACCAUAAUUUCUUAUCAUUGAUGUUCAACCUAUUAUACUAGAAGAGCAAGAAGAUUUCUACAAUAAAACUUUUAGGCUCAAUUAUAGUUCUGACUGACGUUAUCCGUUCUUUAUUGAUAUUUAUGGAUACAUUUCAGAAAGAACAUCACAUUUACGUCCAAAGGUUUCCAUACGCAAUGAUCCGCCAAUUUCUUCACUUAUUUGAUAGAUUUUUUGCUCCCGUAGUUUGUGACGCCAUAUUGUCGUUCACCUUCUGUAGUGUAUUUUGCGAUGUUGGAUGCAGAAACACUGCUUUGAUUAUGUCAGUUAACAAAACGAAGACACUAGAUUAAAUAUUUGUUCUGAGACAAUCUUUCGUUUAUGUGUAGUUUAAAACAUAACUAAUAUUAAUUGAACCAUAAUUAAAACUUUGUAAGUUUAUAUUUUAAAUAUUUUGUAAAAAGCGUGGAGGAAAAUGCAUGUUUGACCAAAUUGAACAGAUGGCGUUAAGAAUAAUGUCAGAAGUUAUGUACUUCUGAUAAUGUUUGAUUUUGUAA